AUUCGCCAAUAUUUCCCUGGAACCAGCUUCAUGGAUUAAGGCACUAAACGUUCCAAAACUUUGCUCGCAUAGAAAAUGUCAAGCCUUCACCAUCGAUCCAUCCAUUCAGUUUCAUUUCUUACGCACGGCUUUCAGUCUGGAUUGCGAGGGAUGCAAUACUAGGCCCUUGAGGAACUCCAAGUCACUGAUACACUGGAUCAAUAUGGGUAUCGAGUUCAAAGAAGAGCUCUUUGGGUUGGUCAAAUUGGUCCCAUUUUGGAUCAAAGCGAGUUUGGUCAAUGCAAUCCGUCCUGAAUAUGAAACUCCAAUCAAACCCACUCAAGUUUCAAGUAUUGAGUCGACGACGAUGAGGCUUGUUGAGCUCAAAAGUAAAGAAGCACUCAAAUAUUGUCAAUUGACGGACGCUGACCAAGAUCUCUGUCUGAAUCUACAAACAGGAGGAAUAGAUAACUGUCCCUUCAAGGUCGAAACGAUCUGUCGAGAAACCCAAAUCAUCAAUGGCUUCCAAAGGUUCCACAAGGUGGUGCCAGGAGGCAAACUUGAUGUGCCAUAUGUCCCAGACUCACCAGGUACUCCUACAAAGCACGUUGAGCCCCGGAUUUUUGGCAUUGGAUCUUCUUCCUCGCCGUGGUUUCAAAUUGGGGUCAAUCUAAGAAGAGAGUGCCGUUGUCUGACUCCGCAAGAGAUCUAUUCCGAGACGAAAACCAUCGUGGAUCGACCCUGUUCCCAACCUAUUCCUUGGUGCUACGUGGAUUAUGAUGCCGAUUGCUUGGAUAAGGAGUUCCAGUUUCAUCCGGUUGCGUUGUGGUGGUCGCAAGAAGCUUGUCGCCGAGAGACUUCGUUGUUCAGCAACUCUUAUGUGGAUUUCAAUUAUUACAAAUGAUUGGGUAUAAGAGCUUGAAAGUAAAUGAGAACUCGAUCCAGGCAGUGAGCUAAAAUGAUAUGUGUGUGCUUGAACGUCCCAUUAUGAAGUGUUGAAGCCUAAAGCCAUCUGUGUGUAUUUCAUGCAGGUGGAAAUUUGAAAUCUAAAAUUUAAAGAAGGAGGUUUCGUGGAAAUGAAGUGAGACGUUUCGGAAACAUCGGAACAGGAUUUGGAUGAAGAAAAUGGUUUGCUUUACUUUCUUCACAUUGCCGAACAAUUGAUGGUAUGGAUGGCUUCAUUAUCAAUGUUGGUGUGGUCAUCGCACAAAAUAUAGGUUCCAUCGUCGAAGAGGAUUCUGUACCAAGAGACCACCAAACCGUCUCCACCAUGAUGGAAGGCGCGGAUCUUGGGGAUGAUUUUAUCGGGCACAUCAAAGUUCAAGCAAUCUCCAAUCUCUUUGUCAUGGAACACAUCGAUCUCUCCCGGCAAAUACGUGUCUCCAGGUUCUUGCAUGUCUCUGGCAUAACAAAAUCGAAAGUCCGUGGUGACAAUCUCAAGAUCUAAUGAGGCAAACCCGUCCAUUCCAUUGGAGUCAGGAUCCGUGAACACGUGGAUCUCCAAGACUCGUGCGGCUUGGGUCAAGCCCAAGAGAGCGAGGAAAA